ACAGGCGCACAGGCGUAGAGAUGGCUGAAGACUCGAGUGUGGGCACUCCAGCGGAGUCACCCCUCGCCCCGGCAAUCCUUCGAGGGCUGGGUGAUCGGUCCUACGACAAGCGCAAGAAUGCAGCGCUGGAGAUCGAGGCCCUGAUCAAGACUCUGGAAGACAACAACGAGACCGACCGCAUUUGCUCCAUCAUUGUCCUUUUGGGACAGGACUUUGCCACCUCUACCAAUCCCAACCACCGCAAGGGUGGGCUCAUUGGUCUGGCGGCGACUGCCAUCGGGUUGAUGUCGGCCACCAAGCUCUACCUGGACGCCUUGCUCCCGCCAGUGCUGCACUGCUUGGACGACCCCGAGAGCAGGGUUAGGUACUACGCGUGCGAGUCUCUGUACAACAUCGCGAAGGUGGCGAGAGGGGACAUCUUGGCGUACUUUAACCAGAUAUUCGUCGGCCUGUGCAAGCUCUUCGCGGACGUGGACGUGGAUGUCAAGAACGGCUCCAACUUGCUCGACCGGCUCAUUAAGGACAUCGUGACAGAGAGCGAGUCUUUCGACGUGGAGCGAUUCAUCCCGCUGCUGCAGAAGUAUAUCCGCCGGGCUAACCCCUACAUCCGACAACUUCUCGUGGGGUGGAUCACCGUCCUCGACAGCGUGCCGGACAUCAACAUGAUCGACUGGCUGCCCGAUUUUCUGGACGGUCUGCUCAACAUGCUCAGCGACGGCAACCGGGAGAUUAGGCAGGCGGCGGACACGGCACUAUCCGACUUCUUGAAAGAGAUCCAAGCCUCGUCGUUCGUAGAUUUCGGUCCGAUGGUUCCCAUCCUAGUUGGACACUGCAACUCCAAGGACCGCUUCAAUAGACUGACGGCGGUGCAAUGGGUGCACGAGUUCAUCAAGCUGGGGGGGGAGCGACUAGUCCUGUUUUUCUGGGAGAUUCUGGGUGCGAUCAGCCAUUGCAUCAGCGACACAGACCCGGUUGUGCGAGAGCGGGCGGGCGAGGCAAACAAGGACCUCCUAGAGCUUGUACAGGGGUCGAGCGAAGAGUUCGAGCUGAGCCCGUUGCUCAAGACUCUCAAAGUGGGGCUGCUCAGCCACCACGUGCCUACCAAGAUGGCCGCUCUUAGGUGGAUCAACAUGCUGCUGGAGAAGUCUCCAUCCGACAUGGGCCGAUUCAUCCAGGAGCUGUUACCGUCGCUGCUCAACGCGCUCACCGACAGCGCGGACGACGUCGUCCUCAUGAACUUACAGGUAUUGGCCCGCAUCUCGUUGAACGAGGAACAGUUCAACCAUGUGCUGGAGGAGAUCCUUCAACUCUUCUCCGAUCAAAGGCGUUUAUUGGAAACCCGGGGCGGCCUCAUCAUCCGAAAGCUGUGCGUGCUUCUGCGGCCCAAAACUAUCUACGUGGCCGUGGCGUCUGUCCUGCAGACCAACAGCGAUUUGGAGUUCAUCGGGGUCAUGGUUGAGGCGCUGAAUCUGAUCUUGCUGACGGCGGGGGAGUUAGAAGAGCUCCGGCAGGCGCUCAGGCUUUCGACGAGGAGCGACGCGUCUCCGGAGGACAGGGAGCUCUUCGCCGCUCUCUUCGCGUGCUGGUGCCACAACCCAGUGGCGACCUUCAGCCUGUGCUUGCUCGCACAGGCGUACGACGUCUCCGCGGAGCUGGUGAAGGAGGUGGCGGAGGUGGAGAUCACGGUCGGGUUUCUGAUGCAGGUGGACAAACUCGUGCAGCUGAUAGAGUCUCCCAUAUUCUUGCGGCUUCGGUUGCAGCUGUUGGACGUGGACUCGCCGUCCUACCCUUUCCUGCUCAAGAGCCUUUACGGCAUCCUCAUGCUCCUGCCACAGUCGGCUGCCUUCAAGAUCCUACGGGAUCGCAUGGCCACCGCUUGCUCUCUCCACCAAAACCUCGCCGCUCUCCCUUCGUCAUCAUCUUCCUCCUCCUCUUCCUCCUCCUCGUCGUCUAGUUCCACGACCGGGGUCACGAGCACGGCUAGGGGGGAGCGCGUCCAAACAGCGCAGACUGCCUUGACGAGACGUGGGAAGGUGGGUGGUGGGAUCAUGGUCAUCGGUCAUGGCUGGGACCGCCUUUGCGCGAUUAAUAGAUUUAUGUAG